AGUUUUGUUUAUGCUUUCCUUACAUCGCGACGCGUCCUCCAAACGAUUGUUUUCCCUUUUUCAUCUAUUUUUGGGUUAAUUCAUCGAAGCCAAUAUGUCCCACUCAGUAACAGUAACAAGGACCACCACGACAACAACUACCUCAGCCAUAAUCCUUAACACAGGCUAUCUGAAAUCAUGGCCGGGAAUUCUUAAAGUACUUCAAGUGAUCUUGGGCAUAGUUGCAGUUGGAUUAGUUAGUUAUUAUGUCAACAGAUACUUAGGCUAUACCCAAACCCCAGAACUGUUUUUCUUACUGAUGGCAGUUACAUUUUUGGUGGGAUCAUUUCUUCUUUUGCUAUCGUGCCUAAUUUCAAUCUCAACCGCAUCAAUAAUUUCAAAAACCAUACACGAAGUGGUUUACCAUGGAUUUGCAUUUGUUUUGUAUUUAGCAGCAAGUCUCGCUCUUUUAAUAGAAGUUAACCACAAUAAAUCAAGCUAUAGUCGUAGGGAUUAUGAACCUUAUUUGGUUGCGUCUAUCAUUGGUUUAGUCAUUUCAGCUCUAUAUUUGUUGAGCACAAUUUUUGCAAUGAGAAGCUACAAAGGAUUGUAAUUUUAAAAACAAAUUAUUUAAGUGUUUAAUGUAUAAAAAUUAGGUUACACUACGCUACAAAGGAUUGUAAUUUUAAAAACAAAUUAUUUAAGUGUUU